GCAUAUAGACAGCCCACCACCACCUGUAGGUCAUGCGCUUCUGUCGCAGCAGCGCACAUUUAUUGGUAUUCUUAAAGCGUAGAGACAAAGUGAAGACAGAAACAUGAGCGAUCUCUGCACUGGACGCGUUUGUUCCUUUCUGGACACUGAUGUAUAUUUCCUUUACCAUCCAUCUGCGUUAUGAGUUCGACGAACUGUGUUAUCUGGUGUUAUAUACACGGCUUUCUGAUACUGGAGUGUAAAAGAAAUCGGUCUACGGAUUGUAUGCUGAAGGCGAUGGCGUUGGGUGAAAAUGGUGGCGAGUUAAGUUAAUCGGUGACUGCAGACGGAGGAGUUCGGUACUGACUGAAGUUUGCGAGUUUGUGAACUUGAUGGGAUUUUUACCAUUUGGGGCAACUUCAAGGAAGAUAUGAGUGCUCUCCUCCCUGCUCUCAGCUCUUUCCUGCUCCUCUUUUCCUGUCAGAUCUGCCUUAUUCAAGCAAACCGUCCUGCUGCUCCUGUCAAUGUCUCUGUCACUCACCUGAGAGCAAACUCAGCCACCGUGUCCUGGAACGUCCCAGAGGGGGAGGCUGUAAUUGGCUACGCCAUCUCCCAGCAGAGGCAGGAUGGCCUCAUGCAGCGGUUCAUCAGGGAAAUUAACACAACCAGUCACGCUUGUGUGCUAUGGGACCUAGAUGAAAACACUGACUACAUUAUUCAGGUGCAGUCUAUUGGGCUUCAUGGGGAUAGCCAAGCCAGCAAAAGCGUUCAUUUUCGAACCCUGGACAAAACAGACCAUUACCAGUCUAAUAUGGUGGCUCAAGGUGACCCCUCAGUGGAAGGUCUUGAUAUUUCCAGGCACCUUCAAACUGGAGAGAUGUUAAUCAUUACUACUGUUCUAUUAAUGUGGGCAGCGGUGAUUGCUCUUUUCUGUAGGCAGUAUGAAAUCAUCAAAGACAAUGACUCAAACAAUCACAGUAAGGAGAAAACCAAACCCCUCUCUGUGCACACUACUCCAGAUUACCAUAAUGGAGGACUUCUGGGGAGCAAGAGGACGCCAUCAGCAGUUAGCAUCAUUAAGGUCUGAGCAUUACAUCAAUGCAGACACUGGUUGAAUUGUUCCAAGAGCGAUCCUCAAACUCAUCUUUCAAUAGUAAUUACACCCUGUAAUACACUGUAGGACAACUGGUAGGACAAUGUAAAUGUAGGAGCAUAACAAUAGAAGCAGAUUAAUUAGAUUAACCAAUUAAAGAUUAAUUACAGUUUGUUUAAUCAUAAUGGAGCUAAACUGUAUUAUUAUUGACCAGCUUCAUCUUAUCCGUGAAUAAGGCAUCACUUAAUCAGUGUUAUGUCCUGAAAUACAUAAUGAAAUCUGUUCAUAAUGAACAAAUAUAAAAUAUGUAUUUAACUUAACUGCUAACACUCUUCUAUGCAUAUAAUACCUGAAUAUAAUUGUAACUUUAUUAAACAGAAAUGAACUGAUUUCCAUUGCAUCUUGAAUAGGUUUAAAUAUAAAUACAUUGUAUUAUAUUUACCAAAAAAUGCUACUGAUACAUUACACUUUUAAUGCAUUUCUGAACUGCCAACAACAAAAAAAGGCAUUUUUCUGACAUAGUAUCACCUACUACUAAUAUAUAUUCAUAUUAUGAAACAUUAUCUAAAGCAAUCUCCAUUUUUACAGAUACAACUUGAUAUCAUUUUUCAGCUUGACUCACUCUAAUCUGUUUAUCAUAUUAAUCUAGGACAGGAAUAAAUCUAGAAAGCCCACCUCUUAAUGUUUUGCUGCAUUAAAAAUAGCAUUGUAUUUUUGUUACUUCCUGUAGUGUUGUGCAACAAUAAUCCCUAUAUUACAAAAUGUGCUAUAUCUAACGACUCAACAUGUUGUAAGAUAAUGAGCUCAAAGUGGAAAUGGAGAUAUGGACUGUAGAGAUAUUGUUUAAAUUGUAUAUGUUUUGUCAACUGGAAAGUAAUAUUACAUGUAACAUUUUGAGAAUGUUAUAGACAGUGGAAUAUUGUAGAAUCAUGUGUAAACUGUUACAGUAGGUCAGAAUUAUAAGACAUAAGAGAAUUCUGUCAACGGAAGAUUUGCCAUAUUGUUUCUUUUUACAUAGAAACUGUUAUCACUUCACAUGUUUCACAUUUGGAUGGCAUUCAAAUAAACUUAUCAUAAACCUAUCAA